CAAAGCUGCGGGAGAGGCGGCAGUCCAUGCAUCCUGCUAGAUGAAACAGUAGAAAACUUUGUGUAAACGUACACAGUAUCAGCAGGGAAUCCAUCGAAAGACGCAAAUGAAAGAAUCUACGGAUUACUCCGUUUGCGUUUUUUUCCGUGCGUAAAACAUCUGUUUACUGGACUAUGCGCAAACUUGUCGCUUCUGUACAACCUACACGUCUUUUGAGAGUUGGCCUUUUUAGUGUCACAUUCACAUUUUGAGAAGUGGACGUUUCAAUGAGCCUUUUUAUGCGACUGUUACGGGCUGCAGACUGAAAAAAGAGGCACCAUUAUAUUCGCUUGGAGUCGAUGAGGAUUUCGGAGACUGCAGACAUGGGGCCGUUUGUCAUCUGCGCGCUUCUGCUGUUAAAAGUUACUCUUGGAGAUGCCUGCACCAGUGGCCAGUUCACUGAAUCGGGGCAGUGUUGCAGUCUGUGUCCUGCUGGCUCCGAAGUGCUGGUAGAGUGUGGGAAAGAGGAUACCAAGUGCACACCAUGCCCAAAGGGAAAGUUUUCUUCAUCGGAUGGCCUCGGCCCCUGCAAACCAUGUACAACGUGCCCGUCUCGUAUUCCCACGCAUGCCUCUUGUUCUGCCACUCAAGACACACAAUGUAAAUGUCACAACGGCUUCUUCUUUUUGAGUCAAUUCGGCCUGUGUGCACCUUGCUCUAAAUGCACUCAGGCUGGCGAGGGUGUUACUAGGGAGUGUGGCCUGCAGGGAGACACGAAAUGCGAGAUCUGCGCCUCGGGAACUUUUUCAGAGGAGCUUAUCAGCACCAAACCCUGCAAUAACUGCACCCAGUGCUCCGACAGCGAGGUGGAGAUCCGACCCUGCAUGCCCUACUCCGACACACUGUGCAUGGAUAAGAAGCUGCACAUUCUGUCUCGUCCUCCUCUGGAUGGGUCUGAUACCCCUCAAUGGCCAGGUGCUAAUGAGGAGGAGACAAGUUCUGCCACUGGAACGCCAAAGUUCACCCCGCCGGAUGAAGGAAGCAGCAACAACAUCCUGGUCUACGUGUCUGUUCUGGCUGCCGUGGUGCUGGGUCUGAUUGUUUAUGUUGCUUAUAAAUGCUGGAGAUCCUGUAAACAGAAGAGGGCUCUCUCUAAGGCCCGUGCGGCUGAGUUGGGAGCAUCUCCAGAGGGAGAAAAGCUUCAAAGUGACAGCGGUGUUUUUCUGGACUCUCACAGCAUUCAGGACAACCAGCCCAGCAAAGGUACGAAGAGGGACAGCAAGCAGGACAACCGUCUGUACAUUAACCUACCACCCAACAGACAGGAAGAGGUGGAGUGCCUCCUGCAGGAGAGAGAGGGCCGAGGGUGGAGGCAGCUGGGCGCGGCGCUGGGCUAUGAACCUGAACAGCUGGACUUGUUUGGGCGUGGAGAGGCCGCUGCUCACACACUCCUCUCUAACUGGGCCCAGAAAGAAGGCUCCUCUCUGGGACUGCUGUGUUCUGCACUGGCCCGCAUUGAGAGGCCUGAUGUGGUCACAGCUCUGAACAGCCCCACGCAAGGUGUUUCUGUGGUUUGACGGCCCCUCAAACACACACACAUGACACUAAAAGACUCAAGUGAAGAACUUUCAUUGAAAUGACAAGGCAGGCACUCUGAAAUCGAAACCCCUGUCACUCAUGUUCCUCAUUGCUUUGUUGAACACUUAUAAGAGAACAAAAAACCUUUUCUCUGCCCCAGUUUAUGUGACCGAUUGAUUUUGUAUGAAUCCAAAUUCACGACAUAAUUUUGUGCAAAGUUCUACCAUCGCUGCAGAACAUAUACCAACUUUUCCAGUGAAAAUGAAAACUGACCAUAUACAACCUCUCAUUGCGGGUACUGAGGGAAAAACAUGUUCAAUUCUAGUAAAGCCUAAAUGCCUUUCUCAAUGCACACUGCAAAAAAACAUGUUCAUUUUGUAUUGGAACUAUAAUGGCAUCCACUUCCACAACAGUAAGUAUAUUUAUAAUCUUGUUUACAACAACACAAAUCAUUUGUUUACACGUGUUGCAGAAGUGUGAUUAUUUAUAAAAAAUGUUGUUUACACACUAUUUGGGAAGUAAUCAGACUUAUCCUCUUCCCAAUAUGAACAACAAUCAGCCUUCCAUGUUCUUCUGUAAACACAUAUAGCUUAGAUCAUGUUGUUUGUAGUCUAGCCAACCUUGUUUUAUGAACUCAACUUCAGAAACUUCUUUGGUAUUGUGGUUGGUUUUGGCCAGACCUUUCAACGACACUGCUCUCCAACAUGAUGUGACUUUCCCUAUUUGGGAUCAUUUUCCAUGUAGUACUUCAAAAAAGAGAAAUAAAACUCCAAAGAAACAUUAAGGGUUUUUCAUGACUCACGAACCAAUCUUUCCCGAUGACGCCUGCAGUUAAGAGGAGUGUAGAUAGAAACUACGCACUACAUUGUUUUUUAAGUUUGUCGCCUUGAUCUUUUAUUCUUCUUUUGCUGCAGUCACUACGUUGCCUUGGUAUUUACUGUAUAUACAUUGAGGACAUAAAUAAGCACCAGUGAUGUUUCAACUACCAUCAGAAGACACGAAAAUGAAGCAUUCUGUGUUAGCUCUUCCUAAUAAUCACAUAUGCUUGUAAAUAUCUUAAAUACUGUUUGUUUUUGUAAGUCAUGGCUUAAAGUGAAAUCAUUUAUGAACUUUGAAGACUGAAAACAGGGAAUACAAAGGAAUCUAUUCUACUAAAGUGAAUUAAACACAGCUCCAUUAUGUCACCUUGAUUUCGUUUAAUAGGAACAAAGAGAAAAGUAUCCAAAGACACCGCUGACAUCAAUGUUUGUGUCCAAGUUUCCAUCUUGCUUUUGUAUUUAUUUCAUCAGCAUUUCAAAUAUAAAACAAAUGAGAACCAUGGAUAUCUGCGGUGUACAACCUACACUGUCAUAGUCUCAAAUGGUUUGAAAUUGUUUGAACGCCAGCCAUGUUUGGUUUUGUGUAUAUAUUUCCUAAUUGUAUGCCUCAAUGUGUUUUUGUAAGAGUUUUAUUCAUUUAAUAAAUAACUUUGAUAA